GCAUUAUCAUCGUCUGAUUUCUGCAUUUUCCAUUGCCUCACACCAUCCAUCAACCCUUGCAGCAUCCGUCAAAAUUGCUGUUUCUCCCUCCCACGUUCAUGUUCUUUACGUUGACUGAUUAUCCACAUGGCAUCUCUUGACACAGGCGGUCUUUCCAUUCCGAAUCCAAGAUACCUCUUGUACGCCACCUCGAUCUAUCUCGCUUUUCCGCAGUCUCCCUUUUUUUUUAUGUCAUUUUUCCUUUGCCUUGUUGCUGCACGUUUUCCCCGUUGUUGUAUUAGCCGCCGACUACGAUUUAUUUGUCAUCUUCGGAAUUAUCUUCAUUUCGUUUCUUAUUUAUCUGUUUUCUUUUUGAAUCCUAUCUCAUUAUGGAAUUGCCCGCUCGAUUCUUGUCUCUUGGCACCUCACGAGUUUCCUUUGUCCCUUUUCCUUUUGCGUCUCUCUAUUUUUUAUUUUUUUUGAAUGUGUAUGUCUUGCUUGCUUCGUUUUGCAUAAUUCCAGUCCCCCGAAGGCAUUUCAUUAUCAUUUUUUCUUUUGGCAACUGCAUAGCAUUGCAUUACACAAUUUUGCUACCUAACUAUUGAAAGAUAUCUUACUUCUGGAAUUCAUUAUGUCUGG